GUAUUAUUAUUACUAGUUGUAUGUGCACUGGGUAUGUUGGCUAUGUUAGCAUGGAAAUCAAUACGAUUUGGUGCUGGUGACUCCCCGAUUGUGCUGCAACAAACACUGCACAUGAUAGUGAUGCAUGUAGAUUUGUUGCAAGGUAGAAUUAUCUGACCCUUGCUCACUAGUGCACUGUUGCGUUGGUGUGAGUCGAGCAGACCCGAGACCGGCUGGUUGUGAACCUCUUGGGUGCAUGCAUCCCUAAUCCUGCCUUCCAGGCCCAGGAAAAUACUGUCGCCCGGCUGCACUCAGCAAUAGGACUAGGCUCAAUUAAUUUUCAGUAUUGACAAAUCUCGAAAGUGUGCAGCAGCUUUGUUUCGACUUGUUUCGAGUAACAAUGUGACUAGCGAGGAAAGCAAGAAUCCGGCUACCGUAGCUUGGAAGCUACGAGCGGCAUUCAUCGCCCAACCACUCGCCUCGCCGAGCGCUUCUAGGUUGCAGUAAGGGAACCGCAAUGGAUAAUUCGACGACUAAUUCAACGAUUACCAUUUCGACCUGUCCGUCAUUCCAAUUCUUCGAUUGCUGGCGACACUACGUCGGGGCAGGAGCGGCUGGCUUUGUUCUCGGCGGCAUUCUAGUGUUCAUAGCGAUAUGUGUGCUGCCAAGGUACUGUUGCCGUCGUUACAGGAGACGACGGUCAAAGAGAGAUCGUGAUGCGGAAUCGUCGUCCAUGUUCAAUACACAAAUGUCCACGGUGACGUCGACGUCUCUCUCCAUACCUAGUUUCUCUCGCUCGCUGGGCGGGGGCAGUAGUAAGACUUCGACGCAUCACUCGGGCGUGCCCAGGCGAGCGAUGGUCGCCGCGGAUCUGUUCGUGGACGAUGCGCCUACGCCGGGCGUCCCCGUUGCUGCUAGCGACGGCAUCGGUCACAUCGACGAAACCAUGUUCUCGAUGGACACAAAUUGUCAGCCAUUGGCCCGUGGAGCAGCGGCGGCCCAUGAGGCAGUGCUGGCAGCGAGUCAGUCUUCUGCGGUGGCAGCUCAAGCUGCGCCAGGCAGCACUGGGACGCAGCAGCCCAGGCGCCCAUCCCUGUCUGUAGAGAGCAGCACCGGGCAGCAGCAAGGCGUUCGGAAAUACUCCCCGGGCACCGACCCGCGGGCGCUGGCCGAACCCGAACCGGGGGCAAUGCCCCAACCUCCCCCGGACCACCCCGUCGACCAAGCUAGCCGUGUGUCGGUGGGCAGCAUAGGAAACCGAAUGCACUACAUUAAUCCGCUGGAAAUGUCGGACAGGCAGAGUUCCGGGGAAGCAACCACCAGCGUCUUGAGUUCAAGACAGUCGAGUUUAUCAUUGACUGAGAGCGCUAAGAAGCAGCAGCUGCAGCAGCAGAGAGAAGGUGGAGCAGCCUCAGCAGGCGUACCAGUUGUAUCACCUCAGGCCCGCUAUCACAUCAUAUCAACGAGCUCAACAUCCUUAGUACCGGUGCAGACAUCAAACUCUCUAUUAUCGAGCACAAGUGAUCCGUAUCAUUCUCUUGCCGCUGAUCACCACCCUGACGGGGCCAGGAAACCUGAUUUCGACAACAGAAGCCUGCAACGCCGCUCAUCUCAACUGGAUGACUUUGCACCGCCGGGCUCAGUAGUCCCCGAUAUGACCAGCGAUCUAGCGUCUGUUCUUGCAGCCGCUGCCGCAGCUACCUCCGCUGCUGCUGGUGCUGCUGCUUCGUCAGACCCGCUGGAAAAUGCCGUGGCCGAAAUGCAGAACCUGGUGACGCACGGCAAGAUCCCGCGUCAGACGGCACCACCACGGCAGACGGCACCACUGCGACAGACGGCAUCACCGCGGCACGCUUUCCAGCCGCAGACGGCUAUCGACGUCGUCGGCGGCAUUGAGCAAGGCAACAUCGUGCGCCAGCUCAGCCUACAGAACCCGCAGGUCGCCCACGAGCCGUUGUCACGGCGAGGGUACAGCCAGCCAACGUUUCCACCAGUUGAGGUGCAGAUAGGCAGCACCGCGGUGCAACCAGCUAAUCUGGGCCGCGAUGCACGGAACAGACAAUCGGCGAUAGCGGAGACCGGAGGCCGAUCAUCAGUUACCGUGUCACCGGUGAAGUUGAACAGACACCCUCUCAAUCAGCUAGAUUCCUUGGCUAGCCCAGUCGCAGCCACUGCCACUGCUGCUCAUCUGACUCACGAAUAUGCGCCGGGGAACACCAACGCAGCAUCACCGGCAAGCGCCCACGGAAGUACCGCCUCACCGAAAUCAAUAAACUCCCGAGGGCAAGUAGUGCUGAUUGGCUUAGGCGCAGGAGCUGCUGGGCAGGACGCAUCGUCCGACGAGGCGUUUCCGAAUCCCUCUCGCUCGCGCGACCGGGAUCGAACCACGUAUAUGUCGGUAUUGAAGGAGCUGACGACAAAAGAUGCUGCACGCAAGGCUAAUUAACUUAAUGGCCAUGCUUGUAUGCACCUAUCUUGACAGUCCCCAUCUGGCAUGGGUGUAUACAAAUUUACAAACUCCAUGAUGCAAUACUCCGCGAUGUAAUCGCCUAUGACGUAAUCCAUUACACAUAGACAUGCAUAUUCCGGACUGGACACAUGCUACACCAUUCUACUUAGAUAAGGUAUUGCUGGCAAUGCCUUCGUGCACACCUAGUUCCGCACAACACAGGAUGCUUCAGAGUAUUCAAUUCGGAAAUUAUCGCUAAAUCCUCGUCCACCAAUCCGACAAUUCAAUCUGCACCCCAGACUUGUACAAGGAACUAUGAGUUUAUCCGAUCUAUUUGCUAUCCCCUUUGUAAACCGGCUAUAUAUUUUAUACCCAGCAGUUGCAUAACGCUACUGCCUCUCACUACAAUACUAUCACAUGA